AUGAGCAUCUACAACCCACCUUCACUCCAACAUCUGGCAGUGCAGAGCCUUCUGUUGAAUGAGGCCUCAACCAUUUCUACUCUGGAGUACCUGCCCCCUCAUCUCUUCCCACCAGUGUUCAAGGAGGCCUUCACUGGUAGACACAUGCAGCUACUGAAGGCAAUGGUGGCAGCCUGGCCCUUUUCCUACCUCCCCGUGGGGGCUCUGAUGGAGACACCCAAUGUGGAGUUGUUGCAAGCUGUUCUGGGUGGUGUAGAUAUUCUGCAGGCACAGAAGGUUCGCCCCAGAAGGUGGAAGCUUCGAGUACUUGACCUGAGGAAUAUGACCCAGGAUUUCUGGGAUGUAUGGCCUAGCAGAAAGAAUUUGUACUGCUCAACAGAGACUGAAAGUCAGGAGCAAGUAAGCAGUAAACUGAGGAGGGAUGUGAAGGUGGUCACUGACCUCAGCCUCAGGUUCCACCUGAAAGAACACCAAACAUGCUUGUUGCAGUGGGCCCAGGAGAGGAAAGUCUGUGUGCUGCUGUGCUGCGUGAAGAUGGAAUUUUGUGACUUCCCUGGGGAGAUUAUCAAGGAGAUCUUGGACAUUUUCCCACCAGAUAAUAUCGAGAAAAUGGAGCUAUCCACAAAUCAUGUUCUGCCCUUGCUGGGUCACAUUGCAUCUCAUUUUGGGCAUAUGACAGAACUUCGUGAAUGCCAUCUAACUCACAUCUUCUUGAACAGAGACAUGGCUGUAAAUACCUUGGCAGUCACAGAGAUUAGUGUAGUGUUCUCCAAGUUUGGUGUCACACAUCUCCGAUUUCUCCUUGAGAAUACAGCAGACACUUUGCAGACCCUGGAGUUAGUGAACUGCAAGAUGGAGGACUCUGAGCUCAGUGCCCUCUUGCCUGCCCUGAGCCAGUGCUCACAGCUCACGACUGUGAAUUUCUGUGACAAAGACUUCUCCAGUGCUGUAUUGAAGAAGCUUCUGCAGAGUGUGGCCAAUCUAAGCAACUUGACUGUGGAGUUUUACCCCCCACCUCUAGAGUGCUAUGACCCACUGGAGGUUUUUGCCCAACUGUGUCCUGAGCUCCUGGAUAUACCUCUUGCCAAAAGGCAGCCUAAGACAAAUAGCCUUUGCUACAGGCAUCUGCCUUGA